AUGGCGCCCAUAUCGCAGCUUCUCCCUCCAGUUGCCAGCUUGUCAGGCAUCGGCCUGCUCGCGCUCGGGUCCGUGGCUCUAUUGUACAUCAUCAGCAGAGCAUUCCUCAGCAUCCCGUACCCUAAGGGCAUCCCGCUCAUUGGCGAGCCUGAUGGUGCCACACGAUUCAGCAUCCGCACGUAUCUGCGGUUCUACACGGACUGCCAGGGUCUUUUCCGUGAGGCCUACGAUAACUACGCAAAGAAAGGAAAGCCAGUAGUCAUCCCAGGCAUCGGUUUUCGCCAUGAGAUCAUCAUGCCUACGAGCUCGAUGCGAUGGGUUCAGGCGCAGCCAGAGACCGAGCUUGACCCCAGCACCGCUUUUGCAGAAGUCGAUCAGGUUCACUGGGCUCUUGGCCACGACCGAUAUGUUGUGGAUGCGUGGCAAGGACUCCUCGUCAAGACCGAGAUGAAUGCAGUACUGGAGAACAUUUGCGCUGCCAUGAACGAAGAGCUCGGCGUUGCCUUUGACAAGUGGUUUGGAACGGACCCGGAAUGGAAAGAAACUGACCUUUUUGAGUCGUUGAAGAUGGUUGUUGCGCAGGCAGCUAGUCGCUUUACCAUCGGUCCGGGCCAGGAUCUUUGCCGAGAUGAAAACUACCUCAACCUCAAUUUCGAUAUCAUUAACCAGCUCAUCAUGAACGCCGGCGCUUCCGGGGCCAGCCCUCGAGUCCUUCGACCUGUAGUCGGCAGGGCAGUUAAUUUCACGAUACACGGCAAGAUCAACAGACUAAAGAAGAUGUUUGAGCCUCUUUGGAAAGAGCGUCUCGAAACCAUAAAGUACGAACGCAACGAUCCGAACCACAUUGAGCCUCAAGAUCAUUUACAGAUGAUGGCUCGUUACGCCAAGGACCACCGACCAGAAGAGUUCAACGAUUUGGACAUGAUGACGCGCCGACUGAUCGCAGCCAACUUUGGAUCUAUGCAUCAGACCAGUAUUCAGGCCACUAACAUGCUUCUCAACAUUUUGGGAUCAGAUACGGAAUUCAACACGAUUGCAACUCUUAGAGACGAGGUUGAUCGUGUACUGUACGCCGAUGGAGACAACAACUGGACAAAAGCCAAAGUCAGCAAGAUGGUCAAAGCCGACAGCGUCGCCCGAGAGACCCUGCGCCUGAACUCCUUCGGCGGCCGUGCCGUCUUCCGGAAAGUCCUGGUUGACGGCUUCAAGACCCCCGACGGAUAUCAUCUCCCCAAGGGAACCCUGAUCUCUUUCCUUGGACAACCUGCUCAGACGGAUGGCGAGGUUCUAGAAGACCCGCUGAAAUACGACCCCUUCCGCUUCGCCCGCAUGCGUGAGGAUGCGGCCGCAAAGGACGAGAAGGCGCCCCCAGUCAGCUUUGUCACCACGAGCACCGAAUAUCUGCCUUUUGGACACGGAAAGCACGCAUGCCCUGGUCGCUUCUUGAUAGACUUCGAGUUGAAAAUGAUUAUCGCCUACGUGCUGGGUCAUUAUGAUGUGGAGUUCCCGGCUGAAUACAACGGCAAGCGUCCGGCGAAUUACUGGCUCACGGAGGCAUUGUUCCCACCAAAUGGGGUCAAGCUUCGGAUUAGAAGGAAGACCAAGGAUUGA